AUGGCUGACCUAGAAGACUUCGAGUCGUAUCUAGACCCCGAUUUCAACGCAUCCAAAUUCUCCAAUGACCUCAUAUGUGCUACCAAUGAAGCAGACACUGAUGAACUCGAUAUAGGCACGUCAAUGAAGAAACUUAAAUUCGACAUUCAAGAAUGUGACAAAAGAAUGACAUCAAUUGCAUCGUCCAACUACGAGCCGCUCGUAGCAAUUUGCUCCCAGGUGGGCCCAACCAAAGACUAUGCCAACGAAACACUAAAACCACUGGUGGACAGGUUGGUAAGUGCAUUCGACAAGAUCAAAAGUGGCAUAUUGGUGCCGUACGAAGAAGCCUUAGAAUCCAAGCAAGCUCUUAAACGACUCCAUAGUACGCUAGACUUGCUCCGAAGAACUAGCUACUUUUUAUUUUUGAUCCAACAGUUCGACGAAUUGAACCAGGACGGAGAUCGUGAUGAUGUUCGACUAGCUAAAUUGUACCUCCAACUCGGGCAGCUUUACGAAAACGAAAAAGAAUAUGGAGGAAACAGUGAAAUGCCCAGCGUCUUGUCUGUAAAGUUGGUGAGAGACUACCAAUCUACAUUCUUGACGUCACGACUCAACUUCAUUUCAAAGUGCCAACUGAAAAUUUCAGAGGACUUCAACCACCAAAGUACUUUUACCUACACAAACAAGGGUUUGACAUCCAGAAUAGCGGCAUUAUAUAUAUUGGAUUCGAAAAAGGCAUUCAGUUCUGUUGAGUCUGGUGCUUUUAGUCGCCAAGUACUGAUAUCUCUUGGCCUUUUGACUCGGUCUCUUCAAUCGCCCAGAAACUUCACGACUAUAGCGAACGAAGUAUUUGACACUUCCAAAACCUUCUUGGAAAAGCUUACUAAAGUUGUUGCGGCUGUUCGUGUUGAACCAGAGUUCUUGGGUUCAUUUCUCACAUCAGUCAAUCAGAAAUCUUUGGCAGACUUAUAUUGGGAUCAACUAGCUUUAGGAUUCAAACGUUCAGUGGCAUCAACUAUGGCACGCGGAGGACCAAUCGCAAAGAAUCUAAGACUAUACCAUGAAGGAAUAAAAAAGGCAAUUGUGACCACAUUCGAAGAUGAAAGUGUUGCAGAACGAUUAAAUGAAGGUGUUGACCUUAUAGUAUCACGCCAACAAUGA